AUGGCAAAUUACUCAGUUUCAUCUACAAAGUCCUACAUGCAGGCUAUGCAGCCGAUGGCUGAAAUUCUCAGCCAAGUUGAUAUAGCAGAUGAUGAGAGUUCUUUUCUGAGGAUUCCAGAUCUUCAGGAUGAGACCAUACGAACAGGAAUUUCCAAGCAGCUGGAAUCCUUGCUUUCAACGUUUGAAAGUGCCAUGGUGACCGACUUAGACGAGGUUUUGAGUGAGUCUGAUUCAAGUGGCGAGGAGGUACUGGAAGAACUUGAGGCAGAGUGUGAAAGGGUGACAGAUGUGCCCAUGACUCCAGAACAAAUAUACCAAACGGUGAUAGAAUCACUUCAAACUUACAGUUCUGAUGAUGAGCUUCAGUCCAAUCUUUUUGACCUUAUGGGGGCUGAAGGGUUUGACUUGAUUUCGAGUGUUCUCCAGAAGAAGAAGAGCAUUCUUGAUGCCCUCCAUGGCGCGGGGAAACCAGCUUCGCAUCCGAGACUUUUAACCGAAGAGGAAAGAGAAAUUCAACUUUUAGAACAAUCGCAGAAGUCUAGAAACCAGCGACUGGAAAGGCAGACUAGAAAUGUUGAAUACCAACAUGUGUACAGGGCCCACGAAGCUGGAAACACCCUCUCUUUCACGGGCAAGAAGUACACUCUGCCGGCUGGAACCACCAGAGAGAGUUACGAGAAGUAUGAAGAGCUGAUUAUUCCUUACCCAGAUACUCCACCUCCAAUGACGAACGAGAAACUGAUCCGUGUCGCUGAUCUCAACUUCCUCUGUCAGGGAACGUUCAAGGGCUAUAAAACCUUGAACAGAAUGCAAUCUCUGAUAUACGAUGUUGCCUACAAUACCAACGAGAAUAUGCUGGUUUGUGCGCCUACGGGUGCCGGUAAAACGGACGUUGCUCUUCUCACUGUUCUCCAUACCAUCUCUCAGUUCUGCAGUGAAACUUUAUCAGAAAAUGGAGGUGUUGACAUAGACAUUGACUAUAGCGAUUUCAAGAUUAUUUAUGUGGCGCCUUUGAAGGCACUUGCUGCAGAGAUUGUGGAAAAGUUUUCAAAGAAACUUGGUUGGCUAGGUAUACAGGUCAGAGAGCUGACUGGUGAUAUGCAGUUGACCAAAGCUGAAAUCAUCCAGACUCAGGUCAUUGUAACCACGCCUGAAAAAUGGGAUGUGGUUACCAGAAAGUCAACUGGUGACAGCGAGUUGUCUGAAAAGGCACGUUUGCUGAUCAUCGAUGAAGUUCAUUUACUUCAUGAGGAACGUGGUUCCGUCAUAGAAACACUUGUCGCCAGGACACUGAGGCAGGUUGAGAGCACACAAUCGAUGAUUAGAGUCGUUGGACUUUCAGCCACUCUGCCGAACUUUGUGGAUGUGGCAGACUUUCUGGGGGUCAACAGACAGAUCGGAAUGUUUUACUUCGACCAGUCCUUUCGCCCAGUUCCUCUCCAACAACAAUUGUUGGGAGUGCGUGGAAAGGCUGGAAGCAAGCAGGCCAGGGAAAAUAUUGAUGAUGUUUCUUACAAGAAGCUGAUAGAGAGUUUGGACGAAGGUCACCAAGUGAUGGUGUUUGUACAUUCCAGAAAAGACACUGCAAACACUGCAAAGACGUACAUUCGCAAGGCACAGGAAACUGGUGAUUUGGGGUUGUUCGAUUGCACUGAGUCCCCAGCUUAUGACAAAUUCAGCAGAGAAAUGAACAAAAACAGAGGCAAAGAUGUGCGUGAUCUGUUCCCCCACGGAUUUGGUGUACACCAUGCUGGUAUGCUCAGAAGUGACAGGCAUUUGGUGGAGAAGAUGUUCACUGAAGGUGCAAUCAAAGUUUUAUGUUGUACUGCAACUUUGGCCUGGGGUGUGAACUUGCCUGCCGCCGUGGUUAUUGUGAAGGGAACUCAGAUCUACGAUGCCAAAAAGGGUGGAUUCGUUGACUUGGGAAUUUCUGAUGUGAUUCAAAUCUUUGGACGUGCCGGUAGACCACAAUUUGAGAAGUUUGGUACGGGUAUUCUUUGCACCAGUUCUGACAGACUUGAUCAUUACAUCAACCUGAUAACGCAGCAGCAUCCAAUUGAGUCUCAAUUGGCCGCAAAACUGGUGGACAAUCUCAAUGCGGAGAUUUCGCUGGGAACCGUCACUAAUGUUGAGGAAGGUGUUCAAUGGCUGGGAUAUACUUAUAUGAACGUUCGGAUGAGGCAGAAUCCGUUUUCUUAUGGUGUUGACUGGCAGGAGCUUGCAGAGGAUCCUCUCUUGGUCCAAAGGCGUCGCACACUUAUCAUUGAAGCAGCCCAGAAACUCCAUAAACUUCAAAUGAUCAUUUUCGAUGACAGAUCAGGAUCGUUUGCAGCGAAAGAUUUGGGCAGAAUUGCAUCUGACUUCUACCUUCUUAAUGAGUCUGUGGAGAUCUUCAACCAAAUGAUGAAUCCUCUCGCUACCGAAGCAGAUGUUCUGUCAAUGAUCAGUUUGAGUAGCGAGUUUGACAACGUGAGAUUUCGCGAGGAGGAAUCCGUUGAGUUGAAGAAGUUGUUGGAGGAGUCCACUCAGUGUGAAAUUGCCGGAGAUAUUGAAUCUGCACAAGGAAAAACAAACAUUUUACUUCAGUCGUUUAUCUCGCAGGCACUGAUCAAGGAUUCUGCAUUGAUAUCCGAUUCCAACUAUGUGGCUCAAAACUCAGCAAGAAUUUGCCGUGCUCUCUUUUUGAUUGGUAUUAGUAGAAGAUGGGGUAUCUUCUCAGAAGCUUUACUGGCAAUCUGCAAGUCGAUUGACAAAAGGAUCUGGGCGUUCUCUCACCCAAUGAGACAGUUCGAUUUACCUGCAAUUGUCAUGAGAAAUAUUGAGGCUAAGAAACCAUCAAUGGAGACUCUCCGUGAUAUGAGCUCCUCCGAGCUUGGUGAUCUUGUGCAUAACCAAAGAAUGGGAUCAGUUCUGUACAAGCUAGUUGGUCGUUUUCCAACUUUAUUGAUCGAAGGAGACAUAUUCCCUAUAACCAAGUCAGUAAUGCGACUUCAUAUCACUCUUGAGGCUGAUUUUGUUUGGGAUGAUAAGUACCAUGGAAAGGCCCAGUUUUUCUGGAUCUUAGUGGAAGAGUCUGAUAAGUCUCAAAUCCUCCACGUUGAGAAGUUCAUACUGAACAAAAAGCAGCUACGCCAAGCUCAUGAGUUUGACGUCAUGAUUCCUCUUUCUGAUCCUGCACCUCCCCAGGUGAUUGUGAAGUGUUUGUCGGACUCUUGGAUUGGGUCCAUAACGACGCAUUCGAUUUCCUUCCAGCAUUUGAUCCAGCCUCACAAUGAGACAGUCCAAACGAAACUUCUGAAGCUUCAGCCUUUGCCUAUAACUGCCUUGCAUGACAAACAGGUGGAGAACAUAUACGCUUCAAAAUUCCACUACUUCAAUCCGAUGCAGACCAUGACGUUCCAUGCCAUGUACAACUCGAAUUCGAGUGUUUUUGUGGGGUCACCAACAGGUUCUGGAAAGACUGUUGUGGCAGAACUGGCGAUAUGGCAAGCCUUCAAAGAAAAGCCUGGAUCGAAGGUGGUCUACAUUGCUCCAAUGAAGGCUCUGGUCAGAGAACGUGUUGAUGAUUGGCGUGCUCGCAUAUCGAGGAACUCCUCCCACAAAGUGGUUGAGCUGACAGGUGAUUCUUUACCUGAAGCGAGAGAGGUCAGAGAAGCAGAUAUCAUUAUCACCACGCCUGAAAAGUUUGAUGGUAUCUCACGUAAUUGGCAGUCGAGAAAGUUUGUUCAGCAGGUCUCUUUGGUGAUCAUGGAUGAGAUUCAUUUGCUAGCCAGUGAUCGUGGGCCCAUUUUGGAGAUCAUUGUGAGUCGUCUGAACUAUAUUUCUUCUUUUACGAAGAAGCCAGUAAGACUUUUGGGAAUGUCCACUGCUGUCUCCAAUGCGAUUGAUAUGGCUGGUUGGCUUGGUGUUAAAGAAGGGCUUUUCAACUUCCCACCAUCAGUGAGACCAGUUCCUUUGCAGAUGUAUAUCGAUGGAUUCCCAGACAAUCUUGCAUUUUGUCCUUUGAUGAAGACUAUGAAUAAACCUGCGUUUAUGGCUAUCAAACAGCAUUCCCCAACAAAGCCUGUACUGAUUUUUGUUGCAUCUCGUCGUCAAACCAGACUGACUGCUCUUGACUUGAUUCAUUUGUGUGGAAUGGAAGAAGACAAUCCUCGUAGAUUCUUGAGGAUGGAUGAAAAUCAACUUGCAGAGACCAUUGCCAAGGUUAAAGACGAUACCCUGAAGCUGUCCUUGCAAUUCGGUAUUGGUUUGCAUCAUGCUGGUUUGGUGGAGUCGGAUAGACAGAUAUCUCAUAAGUUGUUUGAGUCUGGUAAGAUCCAGGUUUUGGUAGCAACAUCCACAUUGGCUUGGGGUGUGAAUCUUCCAGCUUACUUGGUGAUUAUUAAAGGAACCCAGUUUUUCGAUGCGAAGAUUGAGGCCUAUAGAGACAUGGAUUUGACUGACAUUCUGCAAAUGAUGGGACGUGCUGGUAGACCUGCAUUUGACACUAGUGGUGUGGCUAUUGUCUACACCAAAGAGUCAAAGAAGACCUUUUACAAGCAUUUUCUGAAUGUGGGGUUCCCUGUGGAAUCAUCGUUGCACAAGGUAUUGGAUAACCAUUUGGGUGCUGAGAUUUCAUCGGGGACUAUCAAAUCCAAACAUGAUGCAGUGAACUUUUUGACUUGGACAUUCCUUUAUCGUCGGGCCCACAAUAACCCGACCUACUAUGGAAUUGAAGAUACAAGCACAGAGGGAGUCAGCAGGUUUUUGACUGACCUGAUUGAUACUACUAUCAACAAUCUUGUGGAGUCUCGUUGUUUAGUAGUAUCUGGGGAUGUGCUUGGUCCUACGCCGUUCCUGAAGAUAUCCUCUUACUACUAUCUCUCUCACAAAACUAUCGGAAUGUUCUUGAAGCAUGUUAAGGUUGAUUCCUCUUUUAGAGACUGUUUGAAGCUCUUGUGUUUGGCUACAGAAUACGAUGAACUUCCAACUCGUCACGGUGAGGAGCUGAUCAACAUGGAGAUGUCUGAGCAGAUGAGAUAUCCAGCAGAUGAUCUCAACUGUGAUUUCAUUUGGGAUCCUCACAUCAAGGCCUACUUGUUGCUACAAGCCUUCAUGACUCGCGUUGAGUUACCCAUUGCAGAUUAUUCACAAGAUACUGUCUCUGUUCUGGAUCAGAGUUUACGUAUACUGCAAGCUUUCAUAGACGCUGGUUCUGAGCUCGGCUAUCUUCCUACAGUUUUGACUUUGAUCAAGCUUAUGCAGUGCAUCAAACAAGCAUGCUGGUUUGAUUAUGACUCUGUUUAUGCGUUGCCAGGUUUGACACCGAUGGAGAUAUCUGGUUCCGACAAUAAGAAUGGAGAGGACUUGCAUCUUACUAAAUUCGAUGGUGAUAUUACAUUGAAGCAGAUCGGCUCCAUGGACGAAAAUGCCAUCUACUCCCUGGCGGAUAGACUUUCUGUUCCUGGUCGUCAAAAGAGGGAAUUUGUCAGGAUCGCCUCCAGACUUCCUACAGGUACCAUCAAAGUAUAUCAGGAUGAUUCUGAUCUCUUGAAGGUUCAACUAGACCACGAGAAUGCCCCUUUGAACCCUGAGUUCAAGGUAUACUGUCCAAAGUUCUCGAAGCCUCAGAGAGAAACUUGGUUCGUUGUUCUUUGUGAUAUUUCCACCAACGAAUUGUUUGCCAUCAAACGUGCUUCGCCUCGUUUCAUGGACAGAAACCAUUCUGCAGUUGCUUGUGAAGUUACCAUUCCCGACUCUCUCAAGGGUAGAACUCUCGAUCUACUGUGUCUGAGUGACUUCAUGAAUAUGGACUAUUCGUCAACAGUUACUUUGAAAAGUUAG